AUGGGCGGCGGAAAGAAGAUUCCAUACCCCAAACACGUUUGGUCACCAGCUGGUGGCUGGUACGCGCAGCCUGCCAAUUGGAAGAGAAACACUGCAAUUGCCGUCGCAGUUAUGGGCGUAUACCUUGCUGCCUCGUGGAAAUUAAGCGCCGAGCUCGAGUACAGAUACAAGAUGCCAGAGCCAGAUCGAUUUUUCCCUAGUCGAUACUGGAGCAGACAAAUCAUCGAAUACGAGAAGGCGCAAAAGGAGAAGGCACAGAAGGAGAACUCAACAUCUGCAUCGUCAUAG